GCGUGUUACUUCCUGGCGUCCAAACGUUGCCUUGGGAGUGGGCUGGCGCCGCGGCCACUCCACUCGAUUGCCGAGCCACAAAUUAAGAUCCAAGUCAGCCGCAGAGCCCCAGCAGCGGUCGGAUAUGUCGGAAAGUGGGUCCCAGGAGCCGACGACGCGGCCCAGCAGACCGCCGGUUGGCAACCGAGUGACGGUGGUGCUGGGCGCGCAGUGGGGGGACGAGGGGAAGGGCAAAGUUGUGGACCUGCUGGCGCAAGACGCGGACAUGGUGUGCAGAUGUCAGGGUGGCAACAAUGCGGGACACACAGUGGUGGUGGACUCUGUGGAGUACGAUUUUCACCUCCUCCCCAGCGGCAUCAUCAACCCCAAAGUCACCGCCUUCAUUGGUAACGGUGUGGUGAUCCACCUCCCGGGCCUGUUCGAAGAGGCCGCAAAGAACGAGCGCAAAGGCAAGAGUCUAAAAGACUGGGAUAAAAGGUUGAUCAUCUCAGACAGGGCGCACAUCGUGUUUGACUUCCACCAAGCUGUGGAUGGUGUUCAGGAGCAGCUGAGGCAAGAGCAAGCUGGCAAGAACCUGGGGACGACAAAGAAAGGCAUCGGUCCGGUGUAUUCUACCAAGGCGGCACGCAGCGGCCUCAGGAUAUGCGACCUACUCGCGGACUUCACACACUUCUCCGAGAGGUAUAAAGUCUUGGCCCGGCAGUACCAGGCCAUGUACCCUAGUCUGCAAAUAGACGUGGAGGGCGAGCUGGUUAAAUUAAAGGCUUACGUGGAGCAGAUCAAGCCCAUGGUGAGGGAUGGUGUCCACUACAUGUACGAGGCGCUUCACGGGCCUCCCAAAAAGAUCCUGGUGGAGGGGGCCAACGCGGCGCUUCUGGACAUCGACUUUGGGACGUAUCCGUUCGUGACAUCGUCCAACUGCACGGUGGGCGGGGUGUGCACAGGCCUCGGAAUGCCGCCACAGAACGUUGGCGAGGUUUACGGCGUGGUCAAGGCCUACACCACCCGGGUGGGCAUCGGUGCUUUCCCCUCGGAGCAGAACAAUGACAUCGGCGAGCUGCUGCAAACCCGUGGCAAGGAGGUCGGGGUGACCACGGGCAGGAAGCGCCGCUGCGGUUGGCUCGACCUGGUGCUCAUCAAAUACGCGCACAUGAUCAACGGCUUCACGGCUUUAGCACUGACCAAACUGGACAUACUUGAUGUCCUCCCGGAGAUCAAAAUAGGUGUGGCGUACAAAGUGGGCGGCCAAACUAUACCGCACUUCCCAGCCAAUCAGGAGGUGCUGCUCCAGGUGGAGGUCGAAUACGAGACGCUGCCCGGCUGGAACAGCAGCACAGCGGCCGCCAGGAGAUUCGGCGAGCUCCCGGAGAACGCCCAGAAUUACGUGCGCUUCGUCGAGGAGCACGUCGGAGUGCCUGUCAAAUGGAUCGGCGUGGGCAAGUCUCGGGAGUCCAUGAUCCAGCUCUUCUAGACACCACAAACAAACAUCCUGUCAGCCUCUUCCCAUCUCACACACACGCACACACACACACACACACACACACACACACACACACGCUCACACGCUCACACACUCACACACUCACACACACAGCCUGACUACCUGACUGGACUCUCUUGAUUCGUGACACAACUGUCGGAUUGGCAAGGCUUUUACACACUGUACAGUCAGAGCAUCUUCUAUGCCGGGAUUUUAAACCUCAUUAGCCAUUUGCACCAGACCCUCAAUAAGUUGAGGGUCUGGUGCAAUCAAUACACCAGCGCCAUUAACAUAAGAAUCGCGCUGUGCCUGUCUGUUGUCGCGUUUUAAAGAUGCUUUGUGUUUUAUUCUGUCAGUCAAGUGGAUGUGGCAGUUUCCUCACAUAAAGGUAAAAGGGAUCUUUUAAUAUUGAACUUUUUAUUUGCAGUUGAAAAAAAAAAAAGGAUCUACCAAAUACAUAUUUUAAAAUUGUAGCUGGUGAUUUCUUCCAUGUUACACACACAACACAUGCCUCUUUGUUUUUAGGUAUUAUUUUUAAAUGGGUGAGUUUGCCUUUAACCACCACAGAGAAUGUGGUGUAACUCUUUUACUCACUCUUGGUUUCGAAAUGGAAUUACUGUUUCUCUCUUUUUGUUUGUUUGGUUUGAUUUGUUAUUUAAAUCAGUCCUAUGGGUCCAGGGCAACUGGUGCCUGACACUCACUAUCAUGAUUUUAAGGCCUCCAUACUCACAGUGGGGGGAAAAAAAUAAUUAAAUGUGGAAAACA